AUGGUCCUCGUAUUUUUAUGGCAUCCCGUCGAAUGGCACGAAGAUUUUUUGAAUAAAAGGACACUGUGUAACGCCGCUGAUCCAGAGAUUUGGGUAUUAUGGUGCGCCGCUUGUACGUUUGAAGGCACGCGGGAAAGGGACCAGGCGAAUCUAGUCCAUGACAUCGAUUAUUCUUUCAUACCUAUUUCCGCAAUAAGAAGCGAAAUGAGCACUGCUUACCUGGAUGAUCGACACAUAGCCGCCCUGGAGAAACUUGUAGCCGAGCCAGACGAAACAGACGAUGCCACUCCUCCACGUGUCAUUCCCAUGUAUGUGAAAGACACUCCUUGCCCAGCAACGGAGCAUCCUCUAGAAUACACCUAUGUGUAUUCGUUCUUCCUUCGGCCACCCGGAAAAUUUGAUCCUGUCGAGUAUGCCCACUACGUGCAACAAAUCGCUGCCGUCCAUUCCGUGGAGCAGUUCUGGAGUGUCUAUCGACACAUCAAACGGCCAUGUGAUAUCGGAGAGAAAGUGGAUGUUCAUUUCUUCAAGCAAGGAAUUAAGCCUGUUUGGGAAGAUGAAGCAAACAUCAAGGGAGGAAAAUGGAUACUUCGGUUGAAAAAGGGGUUAUCUUCUCGUAUAUGGGAAAACUUAUUGCUCGCUAUGGCUGGAGAACAGUUUCUUGUUGGUAACGAAAUUUGUGGAGCAGUGUGUUCAGUUCGCAACCAGGAGGAUAUAGUUUCUCUAUGGAAUAGAACAGCUGACAAUAUCGGUGUCACGAAUCGCAUACGUGAUACGUUGCGUCGGGUGUUAAACCUUCCGGUCAACGCAGUUAUGGAGUACAAACGCCACGAUGAGUGUCUGAAGGACCAGAGCAGCUACAGACAUGCGAAUGUUGAACCGUUAACGCGAAGAUUGUAAUUCUAUACAUCAAUUUAUGAACUCUCAAUUGUCUGUUUUAUGUUGUACUACGUCGAAUCAAGAGAAAAUAGUCAAUACUUGUUUUAAUUGGUUUCAACUCAAAGUUGACGUUGUUAGACACUUUUCAGUCAUACUUUACUCGCUCAAAAUCCUCCUUCUUACAUUUCGUACUUUGCAUGAAAUGAAUGUCUUACUCCCGUCCGUAUUGUUUAUGAUUGAAUUGUGC